CUGCGGGGCGGAGGCGACGCUGUCUGAGAAAAGGCUCCGCGUGUUGGAUCUCGGACCCGGGGCUAAGGGACAGCGCGAGUCCCCGCCGCCAGCCGCCUUUCCCUAGUGAUCCGCCCACGUCGAGUCCCGCGUGGAGAUGGCAGACGAUCUUGGAGACGAUUGGUGGGAGGACCGGCCGGCCCGAGCGGCCAGCAGCCCAGCUACCUCUGCAGCCCCCCGCGUACCUCCUGCUCUGCAACGUUGACAGCCUAGCCAAGCUCAUUCUUCAUGCCUGACCCUUGUGCCUUUGUCUAUAGAAUCUUGCUUUCGAGUAGAGGGGACAGUGACUGCAGCUCUAUUGCUCUCUGAGCAGAGUCUCCUGAGGAUGAGGAUUUGCGCUUCUCCUUGGUUAUGGUUCUCCCAUCUCCUGUGCACAGCGCCGUCCCCAGGUACACUUUCCUGCCUGGAAUACCUUUCCCCUCUUCUCUGCCUGAAGCAUCAGGUGAUGAAGGAGGAGGAGACACAGAAAUGAAGCAGCAGAAGACAGCUCCGGCUCCUGCCCCAUCAAAGAAAACCAAACAGCCUAAGGAAUGUUUCUUGAUACAACCAAAGGAAACAAAAGAAGAAUCCACCAAGACCAGGAAAUGGAGAAAGAAGAAAAUUACUGACAUUCUUGCAAAAUCAGAGCCCAAACCAGGCACACCUGAAGACCUCCAGAAGCUGAUGAAGGACUAUUACAGCAGCAACCGUUCAGUGAUUGAAUUAGAAGAACUUAACCUACCAGACUCCUGUUUCCUCAAGGCCAAUGAUUUGACUCAUAGUCUUUCAUCAUACCUAAAAGAAAUCUGCCCUAAGUGGGUAAAACUUCGCAAAAACCAUACUGAGAAGAAAUCGGUCCUGAUGCUGAUCCUCUGCAGCUCUGCCGUCCGAGCCCUGGAGCUCAUUAGGUCGAUGACAGCAUUCAAAGGAGACAGCAAAGUUAUGAAAUUAUUUGCGAAACACAUAAAGGUCCAGGAGCAGGUAAAGUUGCUGGAGAAGCGUGCCGUGCACCUGGGUGUAGGAACUCCAGGGAGGAUUAAAGAACUUGUGAAACAAGGUGGCCUUAAUUUGAACCCCUUAAAGUUUCUGGUUUUUGACUGGAACUGGAGAGAUCAGAAAUUGAAGAGGAUGAUGGACAUUCCCGAGAUAAGAAAGGAGGUUUUUGAACUUCUGGAAAUGGGAGUCCUCAGUCUGUGCAAGUCAGAAUCUUUGAAGCUGGGCCUUUUCUAAAUCUGGGUCCUAAUGAGAAUUCCAGUUUUCAUAGUGGGAUUUGCAUCUUGUUUAAUGGCUCUGGAGUACACUGCAAUCACUCAGUUGUUUGAUUAUGUUAACUGUAUCACAAGGUGGAUCACUCGGAAUGUUUGAUGGGAGCUGUUUGACCAAAAUGAAUCUGUCCUUUGCCAACUUUCUGUAUAAUAAAGUAUCACUAGCUUAUUUUUCUUU